AUGCCGGUCUCUGAAGACCUGAUCAAUUUCGACGUAAUUGAGGCACAAAAGGAAAACGUACAAUCUCUCCCUGGCGGACGGUCUGCAAAGGCGUUGGCACAGAUCUUCUCAUCUGGCAGUAACGGCGAUAAAUACAACACACCUUCACCAAAUGACACGAGGACAUUGAACGACGCGAUUCGACAAGAAUACGAGGCUGAAUUGCAAGCAAGCGCCGACUCCGAUGAUCCGCUCGACGCAUAUGACCGAUACGUUAAAUGGACGAUAAAUGCAUACCCAUCAGCACAAGCCACUGCAGAGUCCGGCCUUUUGCCUUUGCUGGAACGAGCAACCAAGGCCUUCCUUAACUCUACACACUACAGGAACGACCCUAGAUAUCUGAAAUUAUGGCUUCACUAUAUUAGACUGUUUUCGGAUGCCCCGCGUGAAACAUUCUCCUUUCUGGCCCGUCAUCAUGUCGGCGAAGGCCUAGCGCUCUUUUACGAAGAAUUUGCCAAUUGGCUUGAGAGUGCCGGACGAUGGACUCAAGCAGAGGAGGUUUAUAAGCUUGGCAUAGAGCGCGAAGCCCGUCCUCAGGAGCGCUUACUUCGCAGAUAUUCUGAAUUUCAGACCCGAUUAGCACAGCAACCGCAAGGCAGCGAUGGGCCAUCUUCCCCUGCCCUUCCGACUGUGCGGCCCGCCUUGGCAGCCAAGGUUGACCCAUUUGCAACCGCACGGGUUGCUGACCCUCAAGCACCACAACCUAGGUCCGCCGGCGGCCGUACAACUACAAAGUCUGGCAAACAGAAGCUGGCCGUGUUUUCCGAUUCCGAUAAUCCAGAGUCCAAUCAACCUCCAGUGAGCGGUUUAGCGAAAGGAUGGGAUAGCAUUGGGUCAAUUCGAGAUAGACGCAAGGAGAACGAGAUAGAAGCCAAACCUUGGGCUGGCGAGACAUUGAAGCAGGAGAAGAAACAAGUACCAGUCCAGAAAAUGGCUGUUUUCAGGGAUGAGUCACAAUCAAGUGUGCAAACUGAAUCAAAUAUCCAAGCAUCACGAAACGAAACACCCCAACAUCACGUAAGAGAGGCCAUAAACCCUCGGACUGGUAGGAGAGAACGCGUUUUUGUCAAUUUAGAAGCUGUCUACCCGGACUACAAAAAUCCGAAUUAUGAAGUUUGCUUUGAAGAGCUUCGAGCUGCUAGUCGUGGAUGGUUGCAGAAAGACUGGUCAAAGCCGAAGAAACAACUCAAAGAGAUCCAUACUAACGCUGCUGGACGAGGUUCCGGUUUGCUAUCUGAUUUGGAAGUCGUAAUAGAUCAAUCGCUUGCCCAAGAUGUGAAGCAAAAACUUGUCCUUGGAGAGUCAUCACACGACGAUCACCGGGAUAGGAGGCUAUCCAAAGUCAAAAAGAUCAAAGUUAAGGAGGUUGGAGAAACACAAACUAUCAAAACCAAAAUGGAUUCUCCAACCGGACCAAGGAUAAAGAAAAAGAAUAACUCUGAGCCAACCAUGACCUUUCAUACUCGGGCAGCUACAGAUGAGAUUUAUAGUAUAUUCAAUCAGCCCCUGAAGACUGAGACCGAGAAUGCAGAUCAUGGCGAUAGCUUCUUGGAUAGUGACUACGAAGACGACGAUUAUACAAGCGGCGGAGAAAGCACCGGCACUGGCAGGAUAUCGGCAGGACAGAGUGAAUUCGACGAUGAUGAAACGAGAAGAGUCGAUGAUGAUGAAGGACCAAUUGACGAAGGCAGUGAACAUGACUGCGAAUGGACGGAAUUCACAGCCAGCAAGCAUAUUCCCAAUGUCUCUUCUGCAGAACAUGGCUUUGAAGAGUAUGUCGAGGAAGACGAUUUAAAGACUAAGUACAUCCCCGAGAUACCAGACGAUUACAAUCCACCUCUUGGUCCAUAUCGGGAUGCUGCGAUAAUGGCACAAAAUCGACUACCUUUCAUGACACCUAUCAUCGAGAAAACAGAAUCUUCUUUGCCUUCUUUUACGGCUGGGAGAAACCGAUACUAUGAGACCAAGACACCCUGCAAAACCGUGCCUGAGGUUGACUUUACACCAUCCGGCUCGCUAGUUGAAGACUUGUUGCUUGCUACUCCAGAUGCAGAUGCAAUGACCGCCACUGUUGGAGACUCUCAGUCGCCAAGCCUUGGUGUGAAGACGUUACGACGAACACCUGUGAAGCAAGUUUCUCCGUUUACAAUUACCAACGUCGAUUGUAUCAUUAAGGAUGCUCAAUGUGAUCCAAGUGAUAAGGCAAUUCGCAGCAAAAUUCUAAAAAUGAUUGAACCCCCUCUCACCUCAUUUUCUGGGUACUAUGAUCAUUCGUCAAGCUUCGGGGCACAUGCCUCGGAUAUCAUGAAGUACUCUAAAUCUAUGAAAAAGCCGACAAAGGGUGGUGAACGACUAUCAUCUACUCCCCCAGUACUAAGCUUUCCAGGUAGUGGCAGGACUUACGCGAUCAGGCGCGAACUUGGCGCUGGUGCUUAUGCUCCAGUUUAUCUUGCUGAAAGUGUGGAAGAUAUCGAUUCCUACCUUUCUGAUAGUGAAACGGAAGAAAACAGCAAUCUCUGUCUCAGUAAAAAGCACGAACAGAAAUUUCAGCGACAUAGCCUGGAAGCCAUCAAACUCGAAACGGACCCUCCGAAUGCUUGGGAAUUCUACAUGAUCAAGUUGACGCAUGACCGUGUCCGCGCCUCCUCUACCCAUCGUCGCGCAUCAGAAAGUAUCGUGAAGGCGCAUGAGCUCCAUUUGUUCAGGGACGAGUCGUUCAUGAUAGAAGAUUACCAAGGACAGGGCACCCUCUUGGAUCUCGUCAAUAUCAUCAGGACAGAAGCUAUUACUAAUACCGGUAAUUCAGAAGCCGGCAUGGACGAAGCACUCGCUAUGUUCUUCUCUGUGGAGUUGUUCCGGACAAUUGAAGCACUUCAUGCUUGCGGUAUACUGCAUGGAGACAUCAAGCCCGACAACUGCCUAGUUCGAUUCGAAGACAAGAAGAGCAGGUCGUCAUUCCCUUCUCCUCCCACUGAAUCCCUGCUUGACCUCGCGGAUGAAGAUGCCAUCGCCGAUCCAAGCGAAAUUCACUACUCGGCACGGGGACUCUGUGGCUGGCGAGAGAGAGGUCUGACCCUGAUCGAUUUCGGCCGAGGCAUCGAUAUGAAAGCAUUCCGACCUGACGUUCAAUUCAUCGCGGAAUGGGAAAUGAGCCAGCAUGACUGCAACGAAGUACGCGAAAUGCGGCCCUGGACAUACCAGAUCGACUUGUAUGGGGUUGCAGGCACGAUUCAUGCGAUGCUCUUCGGUAAAUACCUCGAAUCUGUUCCGGUCAACAACGGACGUAAUUCCUCCGGUGGACGUGAUUCGUUGAAUGAAGCAGUUGCCAACGCAGAAGGAGAUUCAGGAGUCAAGCGAUACCGCAUUCGUGAAUCCUUCAAGCGAUACUGGGACCGGGAGAUAUGGACCGACGUAUUCGACCUUUUACUGAACCCGUGUACAGAGCGAUGGACACGCAUGGAACAAGAAGGAUCGCCCGAAUCUACGGUAUCACUACCUGUCCUGCACUCUUUAAAAUACGUCCGCGAGAAAAUGGAAGCCUGGCUGGCUGUCAACGCAGAGAAGAAGAAUCUCUCCCUGCAGAUCCGAAAACUAGAAGCUCAUCUAUCACGAAGAAGGGAGAGACUAGAAAAGGAGCGAUAA